AUGUCCCCGACCCAAACCCUGCCCAUUGACCCAGUGACGUACACAAGAACGAGAGCAAACCCCCAACGUGUUGAGCUCCGUGCAUCUAUCUUCCAUCCACCAUAUACCAAGAUCCGAACCCUAACACCAGAGAAUACUCACCCUUCGACAAGCGCCCGUCGUAUUCUCCCCAAACCCUCUCCCUCUCCCGCUCAACAGCACAAGCUCUCUGUAAACGCACACAGAGCACAGCACAAGCACUACCUCCGACGCCCCAAGACCCAGUCACCCCAACACCAUGAACAUCAGACCAUCGAUACAUGCGUAAACGAAUCCCACGUGCGUGAACCCAACCACCAACCUCAUCUGGGCAUUCCCAGCUUCCAGCAAUGUUCGUCAAACCCCAUCGCAGACUCGACUCAAUAG